UGAAUUUGUAAAAGAUAAGGUGUACAGAAUGCAUCGGCGAGGUGGAAAACGAAUUCGUAUGAACGAGCCUCCUCCGGAUUACGAGGAACCGGAGAAUCUGUAUCAAAACGAACCAUUAAACGAAAGUUGGUCAUCAGGUGGCCACGAAGAUGGUGCGCCUCAUGAAGACGCCGGAGGAGAACCUUCGCGCGGUAGAAUGACCCGAUUGCGGGCCCGCGGAGGGGUUCCACUGAAGGCACCAAUUAUUGAAGACGACGACGAUGACUUCUUUUUCGAGAAAGAACAUCAAAAAAAGCGCAAGGCACCAAGAAAGCCCCGUGAAGUCGUACCCAAGGAACACACGGAGAAGCCACCCAAGGUGUAUCACCAUCGUGAGGAAAGGGAGGAACGGGUGGUCGUUACGGAGCGUGAAAGUACGACGGAUGAGUCGAGUUUGUAUUACAUUCUGCGCCACUCGAAGUCCAGUAUCGCUUCGAUCGUCGAUGAUUGGAUAGAAAGGUACAAGAGCGACAAGGACUCGGCGCUGAUUGCUUUGAUGAAUUUUUUCGUCAAUGCGAGCGGUUGCAAGGGUAAAAUAACGGCCGAGAUGCAACAAUCCAUGGAGCAUACAGCAAUUAUUCGUAAGAUGACCGAAGAGUUCGACGAAGAUAGCCACGAGUAUCCCCUGAUGAUGUCCGGCCAGCAGUGGAAAAAGUUCAAGAUGAAUUUCUGCGAUUUCGUACAAACACUCGUAAAGCAAUGCCAGUAUUCGAUCAUUUACGACCAGUUCCUGAUGGACAACGUAAUUUCGCUGCUUACCGGUCUGUCGGAUUCACAGGUGCGAGCCUUCCGUCACACGGCCACGCUGGCCGCGAUGAAGCUCAUGACCGCCUUGGUUGACGUGGCACUGCUUGUGUCCAUUCACUUCGAUAAUGCAGCUCGUCAGUACGAAGCGGAACGGACUAAACCACGCGACCGACGUGCCCCCGAUCGUUUAGAGUCGCUGAUGGCCAAGAGGACGGAGCUGGAGGAGAACACAGAUGAAAUCAAAAAUAUGCUGACAUACAUGUUCAAGUCAGUGUUUGUGCACCGAUACCGGGACACACUGCCGGAUAUUCGGGCCAUCUGCAUGUCGGAGAUAGGUAUAUGGAUGAUGAAAUUUUCGUCAAACUUUUUGGACGACUCAUAUCUGAAGUACAUCGGCUGGACCUUGCACGACAAGGUCGGCGAUGUGCGCCUCAAGUGUCUGCAGGCUCUUCUGCCGCUGUACGAGAACGAGGAGCUCAAGGGAAAGCUUGAAUUGUUCACCUCAAAGUUCAAGGAUCGUAUUGUGGCGAUGACGCUGGAUAAGGAGUAUGAGGCAGCGGUCCAUGCCGUCCGACUGGUCAUAAACAUUCUCAAGAGCCACCAGGAAAUCCUCACCGACAAAGAUUGUGAAAUCGUGUACGAGUUGGUCUAUUCUUCCCAUCGCGGAGUCGCCCAAGCAGCGGCUGAGUUUUUAAACGUUCGACUUUUCUGCCUGGAUCCUAGUAUGCCACCAACGUACACAAGGCGCGGCAAGCAGCGACUUCCCAACACGCCGCUCAUUCGUGAUUUGGUGCAGUUUUUCAUCGAAUCCGAACUGCACGAGCAUGGUGCAUACUUGGUCGAUUCCUUCAUCGACAACAAUCCGAUGCUAAAGGAUUGGGAGUGCUACACCGAUCUGCUUCUAGAAGAGCCUGGGGCAAUGGAAGAAACGCUUGAUAACAAGCAAGAGUCCACGCUGAUAGAAAUUAUGGUCAGUGCAGUUCGUCAGUCGGCCACCGGUGAACCUCCUGUGGGACGUGGCAGCAGUCGCAAGAUGACACUGAGUGCUAAGGAAAUAAAGCAAGUGCAGGAUGACAAACAGCGGCUAACCGAGCAUUUCAUCCAGACGUUGCCACUACUGCUGCACAAGUACAGCGCCGACGGAGAGAAGCUAACGAAUCUCCUUGCGAUCCCACAGUACUUCGAUAUCGAGCUGUUUACCACGACGCGACAGGAGGCAAACUUACAGGCACUGCUGGAUAAAAUGACUCACGUCAUGUCGACACACGUGGAUCGAGAGGUUCUUGAAACGUGCGCCAAGACGCUAGAGUUCUUGUGCACGGAAGGAAGCGCCAUCUAUACCCGCUGCGAUCUGGCACGCUCAAACAUGAUCGAUGAGUGCGUCAACCGGUACAGGGAGGCAAUCGACGACUAUCGCACACUGAUUGCCGGUGAUGAGAUUCCGAACGAAGACGAAAUAUACAAUGUGAACAUCUCGCUGAAGAAAGUCUCCAUCCUGUACGCCAGCCACAAUCUGAACCCGUGGAAUCUGUUCGAUUCACUGUACCAAGAUAUUGACGAGCGGGUAUCCGGGAAUAAGCCGGACGAGGGCAUACCGAAAGAAGCGCUAGUAUACUGCAUUGAGGCGUGCUUCUUCUCCAUCAACUGGGGCUUGAACCAUCUCGAGACGACUUUGGAUCGGUCGCAGGUGGCGCAGGAGGCCCACGAGUUGAAUUUAAAUUUGCGUAAAUAUAUGAACGCAUGUAAUCAUCUGGUGCGGUACGAUCGCGAAUCGGCCGUGCAAGAGGCGGUCUACAUGUCACUUUGCGAUCUGCUCGUGGUGUUUUCCAACCAGCUGCGAAGCCAUACCGACGAAAAUAUACAAUCGCUCGUAUUUACCCCGAACGACGAGCAGCAAGUUUUGUUGAACGAGUUUGUGCAGACGAAUGUGUUUGCGACGGAACAGCACGAAGGACUGGAUGAGACUCGCAUCGAGGAGUUGCAUAAGCGGCGAAGUUUUUUGGCCGCAUAUUGCAAGCUGAUCGUGUAUAACAUUCUACCGACCAAGGCGGCUGCGGACAUAUUCAAACACUACCUGCGGCACUACGAUGAAUAUGGUGACAUCAUCAAAACGACGCUUGGAAAAACGCGCGAGAUAAGCAAAGUGAACUGCUCGUUGACCAUGUGCCUCAGCUUAAGCACACUUUUCCAGGAAAUCCAAGAAUCGUCCGAGGACGGACGAGUCUCGAGAACAUCCCAGGAGUUCCUCGACCUCAAGGAACUGGCCAAACGGUUUGCACUGUCGUUCGGCUUGGACGCUGUCAAAAACCGGGAAGCAAUCACCGUUUUUCACCGGGCCGGUAUAUACUUUGCCGUCAACACACCGGACGAAGGUAACGAAGAUCCAUCGGCUGCACCACCGCGUAUUGCGUUCCUGGAGGUGUUGGCCGAGUUAACCAACAAGUUGAUCAAGCAGGAUAAGAAGUUCAUUCUCACUGUUCUCGAUCGACGUCUGAAAACGGGUAUUCCAUCGAGUCGUUCCGAAGACUGGAUACCGAUGGUGAUGUAUCGCAACUCGUUGCUGCACGGAGAAACCGACCAACUUCCGGUCACCUCAAAGCGAGCGUAUACCAGAAAGAAGAAGGACGCCGAUCACGACGACGACGAUGAACACGACGAUGAGGAUGAGGAUUAUAUCGCAUAAACGUAUUUAUUGAUUUUCGUUUUGUGUGCUAAUACUAAUAUUUUAAAUAAUGUGGUGGGUUUCUACUACCUUACUAAUAAUAAUAACA